CAGUCUUGGUGUCAUGUGAUAACCUUCGCAUGCUCGCCCUUGGUUGGUUCAUUAGAAGCCACGCCUUCCUUAUGACGUCCCCUCAGGACAGCAUGUUGCCUUGCAAUGCCUGGAGUUCAGUCAGAUAGCACAGCUUGGGCUGCUCUUGUGGAGUGAGGAGGCUUCUAUCCCUGCGCUGAGCCCUUUCAUUGCUGCUCCAUGGAUCUGCGAAGUGCUGGGCUCCCCAUGGAGGCCCGAGAAGGAAUCUCUUCCUCUCCGGGGGAUAAUGAUGAGUAUGAGAGCCUGCCGCCUGGAGCCUCCCCUCUCACCCACAUGAUGGCAGGGGCGGUUGCUGGGAUCCUGGAACACACCGUAAUGUAUCCAGUGGACUCUGUCAAGACGCGAAUGCAAAGCCUGCAGCCCGACCCUAAAGCCCAGUACAGAGGGGUUACCGAGGCCCUCAAAAGGAUCAUCCGCACCGAGGGACUGUUUACGCCUUUGCGGGGGAUCAAUGUGACGAUGCUGGGGGCUGGCCCCGCCCACGCCUUGUAUUUUGCCUGCUAUGAGAAGAUGAAGACCACUGUAGGGGGAAUGAUCAACCAUGCUGGGAACAGCCAUGUGGCCAAUGGGGUGGCAGGAAGUUUGGCAACGCUGUUACACGAUGCAGUCAUGAAUCCAGCAGAAGUGGUCAAGCAGCGGAUGCAGAUGUACAACUCCCCCUACAGGAGCAUGCUGCACUGCAUCCAGAGCGUCAGCAGGACGGAAGGAAUAGGUGCCUUCUACCGAAGCUAUUCCACACAGCUCUUCAUGAACAUCCCCUUCCAGGCCAUCCACUUCAUUACAUACGAGUUCACUCAAGAGCAGCUAAAUCCCCAGCGCCAGUACCACCCCGGCUCCCACAUAGUCUCCGGAGCCAUUGCUGGGGCUGUGGCCGCAGCAGCCACCACUCCUCUCGACGUGUGUAAGACAUUGCUCAACACGCAGGAGAACACAGUCCUCAGUUCUGUCAAUAUCAGCGGGCACCUCUCUGGCAUGGUUAAUACCUUCCGGACAGUCUACCAGCUAGGCGGGGUGGCAGGUUUCUUCAGAGGAGUCCAGGCCCGAGUCAUCUACCAAAUGCCUUCUACAGCUAUAGCCUGGUCUGUGUAUGAAUUCUUCAAGUACUUUCUCACCAAGCGUAAUAAUCCAGCUUCCAGCCACUGAGCCUGUGGCCACCAAGCUGCGUUCUUAGGAGAAGGUGUAAAUGAGGAUGCUUCAUCCAGUGUGAUGACCUCCUUCGCUAGCAUUGUCAUGCUCUGGCUAUCAGCCUUGAGCUGGGCCCAAUGGAAGGCAUCGGUGCAAGCUCUUCAGGAAACUUCACAAUUAAGUGAAUGUUUAACCGACUUCAGCAGGGACAUGUGCAAAUCCACGCUGUUUCUGGGCACCUUCCACCCCUGCUCUAGAGGAAGAAUGUGGAAUUAAUCCUCGACUGUUGGGGGUGCUAUGGGCGACUGCCUGUGCUCUGCUCAGAAUGACUGUUGGGGGUGCUAUGGGCGACUGCCUGUGCUCUGCUCAGAAUGAAGGCAUAUGUAUUUAGUCUGACAUUGGGAGAAAUGGAAACAAGUUGCACCUAUAGAGAUCAGCAUUGCCUUGUUGGUACUCUGCAGUGUUCUGCUCUAUCAGCAUAGAUUUAUACAGCGAGAGAAAGAGAGAGAUUUGGAAAGGUCACAGGGGCCUUUCCUUUAUAUUUUCCUUAUUUAAUAUUUUAAUAGUUUUUCUAAAAAUUUGAAAUGUGCACAUUAAAUCGAUUUAUAAAUUAUUAUUAUUAUUAUAGAACAAAUAGAUUUUAUAUUAACAUGUCUGUAUCUCUUUUUCAGCAAGACUUGAGUCUGUAUGAAGGGACAGAGUAUAGAAUUUACAGAGACGGCUUUCUUCUAUAUUUUAUAUGCCUUUUAUUGUCAUAUGUAUUGGGCUUUGAAACGGAUUCCAUCAUGCAGGAAAGGUCUUUUUUUAUUCAUUCCUUCUGCCUUAUAUUCCAGUUACCUGUGUAUUAGGACAUUAGCACCUGCAUUACUUUUGCUUUUUUAAGUUCAAGGUUUCCUACUUGUCAGUGUGCUCUAGCUUGGACCAUUGCUUGAGUGAAUUUAUCUAUGCUUGUUCCUUGUACUGCUUUGGGGGGAUUCAGGUCUAGUUUUGGACUGGGGUGUUAAGGGGCUGCUGCCAUGGGGCCCUCCACCCCAGUUGCAAGCUGCUACACUUUCGUGUUCUACUCCCGCCCACUCCAUACUGCAUUUCCUCCUUGUGGCAGCACCCGCACUUACUGGGGGGGGGGAGCGGGCCUGGGGUCACGGGGCCCGCUGGAUUUUUUACUGGUGUCCUGGUCUUGUGCACUGUGAGCUCCCACUACUGGCCAAAAAAUGGCAACCACUAUGACACAAGCGUGAAGGAUUUGUUCUUUCGGGGCUGGCAAGUAACAGCAUUAAUAAGAUGGGUGGUUCAUUGCACACAGUAUUUCAGUAGGUUUGAUAGAAUGCAAAAAUAUUGACAAAUAGCAAAUUUAGGGAAGGAAAGGUGGCCAUACAUAGGCUGAUUUCAGCUACUAAUUACCUUUUACCUAAGUUUGGCAAGAUCUUGAUCGGGCAGGUUUGCUUUUCCCAUUGGAUCGGGAUCAUAUCGGCUCGUUGAUGCGGCACACAUACCCGCCAUUUUAAUUCAGAAGAUGUAUAGGAGAAGUUGGGGCCCCACAGAGAAAAUUUUUUGGUUGCCGGGGUCAGGGACUCUUUGCUUGAAAGCUGGAGUCCCUGUUAGAUUAGUAGUAGGAGUGUGGGUGCCCGUGCGGGAGCAGUAUGCAGCAAAGUAUAUGGAAGUUACGUGGUUAUUAUUUAAAGCAGAGACAUUUGGGAACUUUUUUAAUCAGUGCCUCUUUUCACUUUGUAGGCCAACUCUUAAUGUUUAUAACUGUGUUGCUGCUGACUACAGCGCCCCCUAUCCCACUCUCUAGGCAAAAUAUGAUACAUUAACCCUCCAGCCACAUUCCUAUUUGUGGGACCAGUAGGGCCAGUAAGGAUUUUUUCCAUGACUUUUAGAUGAGGAAGGAUCCCAUGGAGGGUAAAACAUUGUGUUGUUUUUCUACAGUUUACUGGGGGAAUUAAAUGACUGCUCCUCUGUA